CUGCCUCAUCAAGCCCAAUCGUUGCGUUUGUGGCUAUGCUCAAUGCAGCAGCCGAUGCACCUAUACUCCAGCACCCGUCUUCGCCUACGAAUGAGUCGUGUCCUUCGUACGACAUUUCUGAUUCGUUUUCAGAUAAAAAGGGGCCCCUCGCGGCCAAUGAGAACGAAGCGACGGUUGACGCUACUGUAAGACACCCCGCUGUGGAUAUUGAUGACACGCUUACGACGCCAUCAGUACUUUAG